AUCGCACUUCUCUUACCAAGUCCAAACAAAGUCAGUGUCCUAAUAAAACCUUCGACAGUCUUAAUCAAGUUCACAGCUAUGAUGGCAACUACUGUAUUUUCUCAUAACUUUAAGCCCCAUUGCUAAGCAAUCUUCAUCUUUCUCUUCUAUCCCAAGAUCCCCAACUCCCUCUCCCUGCAACCAGAAAUGAAUCCUUCACCCACGGCAGAGCCAAUAGGCCAAAGCCUCAUAAAGCUCAUCAGCAAUGUCUGCUUUUCAUUUUUCGUCUUCUCCGUACUCAUAUUUACAGUAAUUGCCAUCACCUACCAACCUCCCGACCCUUGGCUCCAAUCCUCCCAAGCCCUCACCCGCAACUUCAUCUCCAUCGUCCCUAACUCUACCUUUCAAACCGACGAUUCCGUCCUUAGGACCGGCGAGGAUCUCAUUCCCCUUCCCCCGGCCCCCGCCCCGAUCUCCACCGUCGUCUCCGUGUCCGCAGCUUCCGCCCCCAUCCAACCGACUGAUUGCUCCGCCGACUCCUCCAGCUCCAUCAACUGCUCCGAUCCGCGCGUCCUGAUCGCCAUCCAGAAAUUCAACAUCAAGAUCUUCAAAUCGAUCCUGUUCCUCGAUUACCAGCCGCCCGUCCCCGGCCCCAAUGCCGGCGAGUGCGAUGUCUCCUGGCGUUUCCGUAAUAAGAAGGAGAAGUCGUGGCGUAGGUACCGUGACUUUCGCAGAUUUAAGCUCGCCGUCGGCGAGAAUUGUGCCGUUGAGGUUGCGAAUGCCGGUGGCUGGCAUUCAGGGGCGAAUGCUCGCCGCCCGACGCGGGCAAGGCCGGAACCUCGAGAACCUGGAUCUGCUAGGGCAAACCCGAGGUUCCGCGAUGAUGACAUCAAUGAUACGAUCCCGACCGUCGGAUCCGAGUCGGAUUUCAGGAAGGGGAAGUACUUGUACUACUCUCGCGGAGGAGACUACUGUAAAGGCAUGAAUCACUACCUCUGGAGCUUUCUGUGUGGCCUCGGCGAGGCUAUGUAUCUCAACCGUACAUUCGUAAUGGAUCUCAGCAUCUGCUUAUCCGGGACGUAUACUCAGAGUAAGAAAGACGAAGAAGGGAAGGAUUUCCGGUACUACUUCGAUUUCGAGCAUCUGAAGGAAGUGGCAUCGGUUGUCGAAGAAGGGGAAUUUCUGCGGGAUUGGAAGAAGUGGGACCGAAUCCGGCGGAAGAAGAACAGGGUCCCGGUCCGGAAGGUCGCGAGCCACAAGGUGACACCGAUGCAGUUGAGUAAGGAUAAGAGCACAAUCAUAUGGCGGCAGUUUGAUGCACCAGAGCCUGAGAAUUACUGGUACAGGGUCUGUGAGGGACCUGCUGCGAAGUAUUUGCAGCGGCCGUGGCAUGCUGUAUGGAAAUCGAAGCGGCUGAUGAAUAUAGUCUCGGAGAUCAGCGGUCGAAUGGAUUGGGAUUUUGAUGCGGUCCACGUAGUGAGGGGAGAGAAGGCGCAGAACAAGGAGUUGUGGCCGAAUCUUGAUAGGGAUACGUCGCCGGACGCACUUCUUGAGAAGCUUAAGCUGAUGAUAAAGCCUUGGAGGAAUCUGUACAUUGCAACAAAUGAGCCGUUUUAUUACUACUUUGAUAAGCUGAGGUCUAAUUUCAAGGUGCAUUUGCUCGAUGAUUACCAGGAAUUAUGGGGGAACAAGAGCGAGUGGUACAACGAAACAAGGAUUCUAAAUGAUGGGCGACCUGUGGAUUUUGAUGGGUAUAUGAGAGUAGCAGUCGAUACAGAAGUUCUAUAUAGAGCAAAGACCCGUGUGGAGACGUUCAAUAACUUGACGAGGGAUUGCAAGGAUGGGAUCAAUACUUGCUGACCCAAGUGGGAAAUAGGCUGGUACAAGCUCUGGGUCAGUUGCUUGAUUUCCAUUGAUCACUUCACAAUUUGAUUUUGAAGUUACAGUGUUGAGAAUAUGUUUUUUUUAAAAAAAAAAACCGAUGAUGUAUCUAUUUUUCAUAUCUUGUUCUGUUGAUUAGUCAUUUCUUUUAUAGCAAUUGUUCCUGCUUCGAGUUCUA